GCCUCCGCCGCAGCGCAAAAUAAGCGCGCUCAGCGAUGACGUCACAUACAUUCAUCCGGGCCACUAAGCAAAAUGGCAGCCUCGAUGAACGAAGACGCGCAAGAAGUGUCGAACACUACGAAUUACGAAUAUAAAGAUACUUGCCAAAUCGAGGCAACUGUUGUAACAGGUCUAGAAAGUGUAGCGAGAGAUGAGUGUGCUGAAAAGAUUGAGACAACGCCUGAGUACACGAGAGGACGAAUCUUCUUCGAGUUGCCCAUUGACAAUUUGCAGCAGGUGUGGAAACUUCAAGGAGUAGACAACAUCUACGUCGUCCUGGCCAAGUUUCCGCAGCUGGCAAUGCCCGCGGAGAAGGCCGACUUGGAAGUUCGGCUGACUGCUCUCGUGAACGAAGUGCACUGGACGACUGGGUUGGAAGCCUGGCGCCGCCUGAGCGGAAAUCCAAAUGACCUGUCUCUAGAGGAUUUCUUCUGUCGAAAAGAUGGUGCAUCUGGUGACAGCGCAAAGGUCCCAAAGUUUCGAGUCACUUGCAACCGAAGUGGGACAACUCACAAGUUCACUUCAAUGGAAGCUGCAGCGAUUUUCGGUGGUGCCAUCAACGAUACCUUCCAUUGGGGUGUUGACAUGAAGAACUUUGACAUUGAAGUAGUGCUCAAUAUUAGCGAAGAGCAGGUGUACGUCUGCUUGGGAAUUACACGGGGAAGCUUGCACCACAGAAAUCUUGAUCAGUUUGGGCCAACAAGUUUGCGGUGCACAAUAGCCUACAGCAUGUUGAGACUAUGUGAGAUAAAAAAGGGAGACAUCGUCUGUGACCCGAUGUGUGGCGGAGGAUCCAUUCCAAUCGAGGCCGCUGUCAACUGGCCAGACACGUUCGUGCUCUGCGGGGAUAACCACCAUCUAGCCACAGAGAGAACCCACGCCAAUUUGACGGCGCUUAAUGCCAAGAGAAAGGAUGCCAACAGAAACUGUGCCUUGGCUGACCUAGAGCAGUGGGAUGUCUGUCACCUUCCUCUGCGUAAUGGGUCAGUGGAUGUGUUUAUCUCCGACUUGCCCUUUGGGAAGCGCAUGGGCUCACGGCCAGACAACAGGACCCUCUACCCAAGGCUCCUGACCGAAAUUGGUCGUGUGUGCACUCCCGGCACUGGACGGGCCAUUCUGCUCACACAGGACAAGAAGACACUCUCUGUGUCUGUGGGGAAGUGCAGUUAUCUGUGGAGGCAGACCAGAGCGUAUGGUGCGAAUAUCGGUGGACUGGCGGCAGCCAUCUUCAUCCUCAAACGGACCAACAACAGUGCACGUUGAGAAAGGACGCUGCAUUGGACCGGUACCUGUAUUGCAUUUGGAAUCCAGUGGGUUCGGUACUUGCUUUAUUUAUUUAUUCCAAAGCCAAUGGGUCAUUAUGUUCAUCUUACCUGGGAGUCAUUUUGUGCCACUUCAGAUUUCAGGGAAAUAAAUUUGCUUAAAUUA